UAUUAAUAUCCCUGGCAGCAAACCAUUGCUUGAAGAUUAACAUCCUUUCAAAGAACAGUGCUGUUUUGCAACAGCUUGUAGCACAUAACUUAAAACAGUUGAGCAGCAUCACCGUUUGUGAAAUCAAUUUUAGAAAUAAUGAAGACUGCACUUGUAUUCCUGAAUGUUGGGCUAAUAGUGUGCAUUGAGAAGCCUUUGGGAUAUGGUAUCAGCAGCUUUAAAAAAACAGAAAACAAGGUAAAUGGAGCCUGUUCGAUUAAGUUGAAACCUGCCGAAUGCAGUGAGGAUAAGAACUGUGGUUAUCAAGUGAAUCUACCACCUCUCACUAUCCAGCUGCCAAAGCAGUCAAAACUGCUUGAAAAGACAGUCAAGAAUUUAAAUAGUCUCACAGCAACAGUAAACAAGAUGAAGAAUAAAUGGAUGGGCGAAAAAAAGAAAAAGAUUACUAUUGACAGUGAAGUUGCUGAUAGCAGUGAAGUUAAUGACAGCGGGCUGGAGAAUGACGACAGGAUAAAGGUCCUGGAGGAGAAAGUUACCAAACUGGUUGUUUCAUUGCGGAAUGCAAAGAAUCAGAUCAAAGUGCUCCAAGGUCGCUUGGAGGGGAUGAGUGACCUAAAUUUGGACAAUAUGAUGAUCUACAUUAACCAUGAGCUUUCAAAGAUUAACUCUACGGUCAAUAGACUAAAUAACAAAUGUUUCACAACUUGUGCAGCUGCAUCUCAACCAAUAGAGCAAAGGUUUCAGGAUUGCUCAGGUUAUUAUUACAGGGGAUAUCGGCAAAGUGGUAUCUAUAAAAUUGCUCCAGGCUUCAAUGAAGAAUUUCCCGUUUAUUGUGACAUGCAAAUCCUGGGAGGUGGCUGGACAGUACUGCAGGCUCGCAAAGAUAUGAGCGUCAGUUUCAAUCGUAGCUGGGAAGACUACAAAAAGGGCUUCGGGAACCUGUCAACGAGUUUUUGGCUGGGAAAUGACAAGAUCCAUCUUUUGACAAGAUCCAGGAACAUGACUUUGAGAAUCGAGCUCGAAGAUUGGGAGGGGAUCAAAGAAUUUGCCAAAUAUGACCAAUUCCACAUUGCAAACGAAAGCCAGUUUUAUCGCCUCACAAUAAAGGGCUACUUUGGCACAGCGGGCGAUGCCAUGCAUUACAGCAAGCACUACAACCACGAUCAAAGGUACUUCACUACUAGAGACAAAGACAAUGACAGGUACCCUUCGGGCAAUUGUGGAGCCUAUUAUGCCUCUGGCUGGUGGUUUGAUGCUUGCAUGUCCGCCAACCUCAAUGGAAAAUAUUAUCGAAAGAGCUACAAAGGUAUUCGAAACGGGAUCUUCUGGGGUACUUGGAACACUCCGAAAAUUGAAACCCUGAAUGGGUAUCGGCAUGCUUUUAAGUCAGUAAGAAUGCUCGUGAGGCCUAUCGCUUUUGUGGAGUUAUAGGUAUGCGAUGUAUAUGCUAACAGAUUCUCCCAACAAGUUAACACAUGAAAUCCAUAACUUAAAACCCCUCGCUUGUUACUAAACACUUGUAAAAAAAAAUUAAACUUCUAUCUGAAAUUUGUUUGUAUAUUAACCUCCUGCUGAGAAUGUCACUUGAAAUAUAAUUAAGAGACUUAUGCCUUGUUAUUAUCAGUUAGAAAAUAAUAUAAAUUAAUGUUGGAAAUGAACAACAGGUCAUUCAGAAUCUCAAACAGGAAAGUCAGGCUAAUAUUUUGGCUAUGCCUCCUCAAGGAAAAAUACGUGCCAAAUCCAAAAUGUUACCAUGUUUUUCUUGUUUAGAUUCCAAUAGACUCUCUGUACAUUUUCUGUUCUUUUCUAAGAUUUCCGGAAUUCAUAGUAAAAGAAAGACAUGAAAGACUUAUAUGUACAUAGAAUUUUAAGCUUAGAUAAAGGUAUUUCUGCAACUAGGGAAGUGUGAAUACUGCAAUUGCAAAGAAAGAUAUUUAGGAUCUUUCUGUUUGCGGCUGGAAGAGUAUUGUCAGGAGAGUCUGCUUUUUUAUAUUCCCUUUAUCAGGGAAUUACAACGUAAUACUUAAAUUAAACCUACUUUUCAAACUUUACAGUCAAUUCACUUUACAGUGUGUUCUGUGAAGCGCUUUGGGAUGUCCUCCCGACGUGAAAAGCGCUAUAUCAAAUGCAAGGAUUAUUAUUAUUAUUUAGUUUUGUUAUGAAUUUCACUUUGAUUCACAUUUACUGUUUCUUUUACAGAGAUUUUAAAAAUAGAUUAAAUGGCCUUUUUCAUUUGAAAACCAAUAAACAAUCAAAAGCUGAUUUCAGCAAAAAGAUUGCAUUUACUAAUACUGUAAAUCACUUUAUAACUUCAUUGUUUUUCCACACAAGGAUAUUACAUUUAACAAAUAUUACAUUAUUAAACAACACAACACUAUGAAGUAGAUUUUGACUAGAUGUACAACAUAAGAUUUCUUAAUGGCAAAUUUCUUAGUAAACUGGAAUGCUCAGUCAUGGCAAAGCUUUGUAGGGUCCUUGUUGAGGAAAUCAACGUAUAGAAUAUUGUGCUGAAGUAUUGUUUUAGAAGAUGUUGAAUCAAAGGUCUAAAAUGGAAAGCAAUGUGGAUAUGACUUGUUUUUAUUAUGAUGUAUUUACAAGCGUUGGUACUUGUAAUAUAAAAGACUAUGAAGUUGCCAAAUAUAUUUUUCCAUAAUUAAAAACAGGUGAAAUGCUAUGA